AUGGCACUGGAACAGUCCUGCAACAGGUCGGUGCUUCCCCUUACUAGCCAUGUCUCGGCUGAGAUGGCUCCUGAGCAGGAGGAGUUGUCCUCACCGUCUUCGGGAUCGGAUUCGGGAUCCCCUCCUUGCCUCUACGUCGAUGCCUCGCUGGGCCAGACGAAGGGGCAGAACGUGACAUGGACGUCGGAUUCAUCUCUGACUCUGAUCAGCGCUCCUGGCUUGUCUUAUGACCUCACAGUGAAUGUAACGGCAGGACGAUGCAUGGACGUGAGGAGCCUUGCAAACUAUUUCUCCUACGAUGCUCCAUAUGAGUCUCAAAUCUCCCCGGCAAACGCAGCUCCCUACGGCCUGUCAGCGAUGACUGUGUUUGGAAAGAACUUUGGGACGUUUCCCUCAACGACUGUAGACGUCAUGAUAGGGGACAGCAAGUGCAUCUACUCCUCCUGGGUCUCAGACUCUACUGUGGUGUGCAAUGCAGUCCCGAGAGGGACUGGGUCAGCGCACAACGUGAGAGUAGACCUGAACAGACAGCCUCUUGCUGCUGCCGGAAGGCGAAGCGAGAACCCAAAGGGCCUGGCAAACGCCUUCUCCUACGACAAGCCAGAGGUGUAUGGCAUCUCCCCGAACAACGGACCUCCGGGAGGUUUUGAGGCCGUCACGAUCCUUGGAAGAAACUUCGGAUGGGGCUCAGACUUCAAUCCGAUACUGAUGUCGCAAUGCGACUACUACAUACACGACGGAGAGUACAUCCUCUUCGAUGAGCAGCAGCCGUCGCAGUGCAUCACGGGUUUCAACAUCCCCGGGUCAGGGAGGUUCUACGUGGGUCAAGAGAUCGGCUCUGCUCCUGUCAACAUCACCUGGUGGAGCAUCCUUCCUUUCAGCCUCGCCCAUGACCCCAUCGCAUGUGCCAAGGCUGAGUUCAGACGGAGUGUGCUCAACGCGGGGGAUGCUGCUGCUGUGAAGCUUGCCUGUAGAGACAUCAGCGACCGGAGCAUCCCCAGGUCAAACUCGUUCGUGGUGAACCAGUGUCCCUCAAGCGUCUCGAGCAGCGGCGAGGUGACGUACGUGCCCUGCCCUGCCCAUGUCGUCUCCGGGUAUGUCAAGGAUGGGGUGAGCUGCGAAACAAAAGCAUCUUCCGGCACAUCCACGUUGUUUGAAGCCAACCAGAUCUUCGCCAACGCGUAUCUGUGCAAGAUGACUCCGAAGCAAUCUUGUCCCGCCUGUCAAGGGACUGGCUGUUGCAACAACCCGGGGACUUUCGGGGCCUCCAUCGCUCACUCGCAGUGCAUAACGCUCAGGUGGGUGUCGGACUCUAGUCUUGUCUGCAGGACUCCUCCUGGCAUCGGCGCGGCCCACACGGUCACGUUGGCGUUGGAUGACACGGCUGGUAGUCAGAUCGCGCAGCUGAGCAACGCCUUCUCGUUCGACGCGCCUACCAUCACGUCUGCCUCCCCCGUCCUGUCGCCAACCACCGGCAACCUCCGCAUCACAGCCUUCGGGCGCAACUUCGGCACCUUGGAGUGCAACAGCACCUGGUGCAGCAGGGACAGGAGCAUGUUCGUCUCCUCAUCGGAAAUCAAGUCUGUCAAGCUCAGCGCGCAGCAGUCUGCAUGCUCGGCUACCGAGUGGUUGUCUGACUCAGUCGUUGUCUGCACGACCUCCCCGGGUCUCGGCGCCUCGAGAGCCCUGCAGCUGACGGUCGGAACCACCUUCGCAGCAUGGAAUGGCUCUGGAAUCUCUUUCGCAGCUCCUGCCAUAUCCUCGCUGCACCCCGCGAGCGCGCGAGCGGUAGGAGAGAGCUCGAUCACCAUCUAUGGCCUCGGCUUCGGAGCAUGGGACUCGUCAGCGCGAGCAAGACUGGGCGACACUGCGUGUGUUGCCUCCACCUGGACCUCCGACUCCUCCCUCGUCUGCCGUGCCCCAGCUGGGGUGAGAUCGGCGGUGUGUGGCGAAGAAGGAUGCGGAGUCGUCGUUGCUACAGUGGUCGGGCAGGCAGGCUACGCGUCAGGGAUCUUCUCAUACAAGGCUCCAGCCAUCACGAGCCUCCGCCCUUUCAACGGCCCAACGACUGGAGGCUCCCGCAUGACCAUCCUCGGCGAAAACUUCGGUACCACCGCAGCUUAUGAGCAUGUCGCUCAGAUCGGAGCCACAUCCUGCCGGCAGCUGACGUGGACCAGCGACUCGAGCAUAUCGUGUACGGUACAAGCUGGGAACUCCAGGAAGCUGCCGACGACCUUGUCUCUAGCGAAGAAAGGAGUAGUCGCUUCGAAUGCCAGCGUGGCCUUCUCUUACGAUCGUCCUUACAUCGCUCAAGUGUCUGUUUCUAACAUCCCAAGCACAGGAAACAUUGACAUCACGAUCAAGGGUCAGAACUUCGGCAGCACCAAUGACCCUCUGGCCAGCUCGUCCAACGCAGACGUCAACGCGCUCGCCCUAGUGGGCCACACGGCUUGCGCUUCCACCACAUGGCUCUCAGACUCUCAGCUCAUCUGCAAGAUCUCCUCCGGGACGUCCGGCCCCGGGGUUGGGGGUCAGAUCCCCCUGCAGGUGGUCCGAGGGCAGCAGUCGGGAGUGUACAUGAGGGAGUUGGGGUACUUCCCCCCUCAAGUGUUGUACCCCUCUGACGUCAACGGGCCGGCGAUGGGGGAAAACACCAUCACCAUCAUCGGGAACCACUAUGGAGUUCACGACUACUCCCCCAAGGCCUCUGUUGGUGACAGCUCCUGCUCGGCUACCCGGUGGCUGUCGAACUCAGCUGUCUCCUGUGUUGUUCCAAGAUGCACAACAUUCUUAGCUGGGGCAAACUUGAACCUCCCUGUCGCGGUGCAGGUGGGCUCUGGGGACAUGCCAGAAACGUAUCAGUCAGGAUCAGUCGACAGCUACACGUACGACCUGCCCUUUAGCCCCUCCUUCGUUGUCCAGCAGUCCGAGUGGGACGUGGCAGUCUUUGGGGGAUCCCUGCUGCUGGCAUCCCUCCUCAUCGCCGCUUGCCACAUCUACUCCCUCAAGCGCUGGACCCCACGACUCCCGAGCCUGCCCAGUCAGUACGCCCGUCUGAAGAACCGGCACAUGUUCGAAGUGCCGGAGAGCAGGAAGGCCCCGGCCAUUGAGGGCUUGUCGGAGUCAGAGUCAGAGGCCGAGACUGAGAGGGACCAGGAGCAAGGGCCACACGAGGACGCGGAGGAGGAAGGCUUGAUGGAUCUCGAGGCGUUGGAGCAUCAUCCUUUGCAGAGGGAGCGAGACGAAGACGAGGAGAUCUCGGAGGAGUCGGAGGAGGAGCAGCUGGGUGAGGUUGGGGUGAUUGAACCUGAGAUCGUCUCUGUCAAGACCCCAGCUCCCAAGAAGGGUAUGAGACACGGCAAGAAGCCGCAAAGGACGAGCUCGAGCGAUCAAGAUCAAGAGUAUGCCCUUUAG